UACAGUUGUACAAAGUAUAAGUUGUCCAGAAUAUAAAGUACAUCUUUCUGGGGGUCCAGUGGGGCUUUCGCUGAUCACCAGCAUCAAAGUAAUGCAAUCAAUUUAUUUAUUUCCCUUUUAGUGCAUUUCCUGCGUGCAAUUUCUAGCGUCCUAAGUCACCUCUCUAAAAUCAGUGUUAAUAACAUAACUGAAACAAAGCACAGUGUAAGCAGAUGACUAAACGGGGAAGCCAGAGGAUAACAGACCUAACCUAAAGGCAAAAUGAGGAAAUGCACACACAAGCCUGCCUUCCACAAGGGCUGAGCACUCACAGCUCUCAUUCUCUCCAGCUGGAGCCCAGCCCUGGGGUGAUUUGAGCUGAUCCCAUUAGCUCCACCCUUAAUUUUCUUCUAGAGUUCCCUUGGCAACUUCUUCAGAUUGUUCCAUGAGUAUUCAGUAUGCCCACCGCUUUCCGGAGCGAUAUGAGUUGCAUGGAUGUGUCCAUUGGGAAGAAUAGGUGUAGGAGUACUUCGGAGCACAGCGCGGCUCAGGACGGGUGAUGACUUGUGGGGUCCACCUCCAUCCCACAGCCAUGUCCUGCUUCGAUCUGUGCCGUCCCUGUGGCCCGACCCCGCUGGCCAACAGCUGCAACGAGCCCUGUGUGCGCCAGUGCCAGGACUCCCGGGUGGUGAUUGAACCCUCUCCUGUGGUGGUCACCCUGCCUGGACCCAUCCUCAGCUCCUUCCCCCAGAACACCGCUGUGGGCUCCUCAGCAUCUGCUGCUGUUGGCAACAUCCUGAGUGCUGAAGGCGUGCCCAUCUCUGGUGGCUUUGGCCUCUCUGGCCUGGGCAGCCGCUUCUCUACCAGGAGGUGCCUGCCCUACUAAGGAUGCCAUGAAUUUCCCGUGAGCCCAUUGCCCAGGAAGACCGAAGCCAGAUGCCAGAUUGAGGAUAGAGCUGUUGGCCAGUGUUUCCAGAUGGGCUGAGCACCCUCAUGCCCUCCUGUAAAGAGAGGGAAGCCAGGGUGCCAGCUUAUGUGUCUGGAAACACGGCCUGCAGAUGUCUUCUCCUGCUUCCUUCUCAUCAUCAUGAGUUCAUAUUGUCUCCUGCUGUCCUGUGCCAUGGGUUUGUCCUGAAGCCAGCUGAGAUGGCUCUGCUUCUUCUUUCUCUCACCAUAUGAGGGAGAAAGAUAUGCAUCUCAUUUUGGUGAAGGGGUGUAAGAUCCCUUUAUCAUGCACUGUUUUUUUUUUCUAUCUUCAGAUUC